CAUGCAAAUUCAUUUUAGCCAUUUUGUUAAGGAUGGGCACUAGGGUAUUUGUAUUGGUGCUUAUUUCCCUUCUUCUUUGUGUUGGUAAUGCUAGGAAGCUUGUGACUGAAAAGGGUACCUUUGGGGAUAGGAAAUCUUUCUUCCCCUUCAAUCCUUUUUACGGUAGUGGCGGGGAAGAAGGAUGGCCUGGUGCCGGUGGUGAGUUGGGUGGUGAAGGGUUUGGUGGGUUUGGUUCGCUUGGAGGUGGAGGUGGAGGUGGAGGUGGGGGUGGAGGUGGUGGUGGUGGUGGAGGAGGAGCUGGUGGGGGAUCUGGUUUUGGGAGUGGAGCUGGAUUUGGAGCUGGGUUUGGGGCUGGAAGUGGCGGGGGAUAUGGUGGUGGAGGUGGUGGGGGUUUUGGUGGGGGUGGUGGCAAAGGUGUUGGUGGAGCUGGCGCUGGAUAUGGGGCAGGAGCAGGCUAUGGUGGAGGCUUCGGAGCAGGGCAUCCUUGACUUCAGAUUAUCCUUCUCCCCAAAUAUAAUGCUGCUGUUUAAGUCAAUUUAACCUUAUAUAGUAAAAAGUAGUUUGCUCAAAGCUCAAUUGCUGAUGAGCACUUUCUGUAUCAUCUAUAUCAACUGUAAGAGAAGCACUUAUGAAUAAUGGAAUAAUUACCAAUUCUCUAU